GUUUCCUUUGGGAUUGCUUGCAACCUAGAAAAUAGGUAAAUAUAAUAUUCCAUGCUGAAAAAGAGAAACUGAUGAUCACAUUUGCUUUUCUCAGUUAACAAGUUAGAACAAAAUCUUUUGACAAUUGCACCACUUACAUAUGUGGCUUAUUUAAAUCGAUACCCUACGAUCGAACUCAAACCAUUGCAAAAUCAAACCAACUAAUUAAUUCACAUUUUUUUUCUACCAUGAAUCUGAAACACAACACAGUUUACGCCCCACCGCCACUGGGUGGCGCCACCCACCACCACCACCCAUAUUCUCUCCACACGGCGUUCUACUGGGGCAAAGAAGCCCACUUCUUGUUCUCCGGCUGGCCCGAUGGUGAUUCGGGUAUGUACGCGCUGGCUCUGAUACUCGUCUUUGCAUUGGCCAUCAUCGCCGAGUUUCUCGCGAACCUCAAUCUAGUCAAACCGGAUUCAAGUCGGGUCGCCACCAUCUCGUUUCAGACUGGAAUCCAUGCAAUACGGGCCGGGUUCGGGUACAUGGUUAUUCUGGCUGUGAUGUCAUAUAACGGUGGUGUAUUUAUUGCCGCUGUUUUGGGCCAUGCGGUUGGGUACGUUAUUUUCGGAAGUGGGGCUCACUAAAAAAGUAGAUAAAGCCUUGGGAUAAAACUAUUUUGGGCU